CUUCCUGCUCCGGACGGACAGGAACAGUCAGCUGGUUCCUGAGACUCUCCGGAUCACAACAAGUGAUCUGGUGCACUAAUGUCUAACAGAGGCGUUUAAACAUGAGGAGACCGGGCCGGGACUCCACGACACGGCAGCCAGUUGACGGACUUUAAUGAAGAGUCCGCCGCGUCGUCACCACAACUCAUGAACGGGACAGUUUGAUUGUCCUAGCUCGCUGGCUAACGUUAGCUUUUUUUGUCUGGAGAGUUGCCGACAUGGCCACUGUGUCUCUGCUGCAGAAAUACCGUCGCCCCUCUGUGAAGCAGGGGCAGGACGACGACUCGGACCUGGAGGAGACUCACCUGGUGCUGCGGAGGACGGACGGACUGGAGACUCAGAUCAUCCACAGCGGACACUUCAUGGUGUCGUCGCCUCACAGCGAACACCCGCCGAAGAAAGGCUACGACUUCGACACGGUCAACAAACAAACCUGUCAGACGUAUCACUUCGGGAAGGCGAGCACGUCGCACUUCUCCAUAGACGCUUCUCUCACCAAGCUGUUCGAGUGCAUGACCCUGGCCUACAGUGGUAAGUUGGUUUCUCCCAAGUGGAAGAACUUCAAAGGUCUAAAGCUGCUGUGGAGAGACAAGAUCCGCCUCAACAACGCCAUAUGGAGAGCCUGGUAUAUGCAGUAUGUGGAGAAGAGGGAGAAUCCUGUUUGUCACUUUGUGACUCCCCUGGAUGGAAGUAUGGAACUGGAUGUCCAUCGUCCUGCAGAGGCCAUUGCCACAGAGAAGUGUUGGAAAAGAAGAAUUGAGAUUGUGAUAAGAGAGUAUCACAAGUGGAGGACAUACUUCAAGAAAAGGUUACAGAAGCACAAGGAUGAUGACCUCUCAAGCCUGCUCAAGGGGCCAGAGGAGCAGUUAUCGCUGUUUGGGGAAGUCUCUCCAGACAUGCACCGUGUCUCCUUUUAUCAGGAUGAAGAGACCCUUGCACGCCGCGUGCCACGUAAGCACUUGGACACACCUGCGCCCAUGGAGAUGGACACCCUUUUUGACAUGGAUGUUCUGAUGUCUGAGUUUUCAGACACGUUGUUUUCUACAUUGGCCUCGCACCAGCCCCUAGCCUGGCCCAAUCCAAGGGAGAUCGCCCAUGCAGGGAAUGCAGACAUGAUCCAACCAGGACUGAUCCCCUUACAGCCCAACCUGGACUUCAUGGACUCAUUCGAUCCGCUGCAAGACUUAUUUCACAGCCUCCGUCCACCCGUCUUCCCCUCUGUUUCCCCCACUGCAUCAUCUGUUACCCCUCUAUCCAGCAGCAGUUCUCAGUCACAGGCCCAGUUAAUGUCCUCCAUGCAGCUUGCAACCAACCACAUCUCCCCUCCUGGCCCCCUGCCCCUCCCCUCUCCCAUGGUUGCUCAAACCAGUCGAACAGGUGGUUGUGGUGAUGAUGCAACCUACCUUCAAAACUACAUGCCCCUGUUUUCUGGGCAGGUGGCACCCAGCGAUCAAGCAGUAGUUUCUUCCAUCUCUCAGCAAUUAUCCCAUGAUCGUCUGGCACAGUGCCUACCAGGUCAUGGCAUGGCCUCAGAGGAGCCCAUGGUCCCCUCACCCUUGGACAACACCUCUGUGCUGGAUGAGGCUGGCUCACCCUCUGUGAUCACACACACAACCUCCUCUGUUGUCACACCCAGCAACGGAGCCUCCACCAUCAGCCACGGCUCAGAGUACGGCUCCAUAUCCACACAAGCUUCACCUCCUCCUUCCCAGCUCCAGCCAUUGGCUCCAUUACCUGCCACUCCAGUGCAGCACCCUCAGACUUUUGCCCUGCCUCGCCCCUUUCAGUUAUCCAGUGCCAACAAGGUCCGCUCUGUGCAAAGGAUUGCUCCCGCCAGCACUCUGCCCCCUCCCCACCUCGUCUUCACAGCCCCUUUCUCAGGUCAUGCCAAUGCUGUAAUUGUCACACCAAGCCCUUUGAAAGCAGAUGUGGUCCCUAAUACUGGAGUGGUCCUCACUUCUUCUCAUCUAGGAGGGGCUCCGGGAUUUCACGUUGUGUCUCAGAUGCAGAAGUCUCCCCAACCAAUUGUCCCCAAACAAAAGUCUUGUUCUUCCAGCUGCAAAAAUCAGAAAGCCUCCUCUAGUGUUGUUCACAGUCAGACAGGACCAGGUCAAGGGACAUCGUGUGUGUUAGAUCAAGUUCCGAGUCCCCAGUCACUCAGCAGCAGCACAGGGCUGGUUAAGAACGAACAAAAUCAGAGCCGAAGGACAAUACACACAUCUGCUGAGCAAAAGAGACGAUCAAACAUUAACAUUGGCUUUAAAACACUCUGCAGCCUGGUUCCCACUCUUAAGUUGCAAUCAUAUAUCAGUAAUGCAGUCACAUUGCAGAAGACAGUGGAACAUGUUGGGAAGCUCCAGCAGGAGAGACAGCAGCUGCAGGAGGAGGUCAGGAGACUACGAGAGGAGAUAGAGGAGCUUGACACGUCCAUAAGCCUUUGUCAGGAGCAGCUGCCUGCGACAGGAGUGCCAGUCAAGCGGCAUCAACUGAGCCACAUGCAGGAAAAGUUCAAUGAAUAUGUGAAGAGCCGCACUCUUCAAAACUGGAAGUUCUGGAUCUUCAGCAUCAUUAUCAAGCCUCUCUUUGAGUCAUUCAAUGAGAUGGUAUCAACCACAAGCAGAGCAGAGCUGUAUCAGACCACACUGCAAUGGCUUGAUCGUCACUGUUUGCUUCCGGCUCUCAGACCAAUGGUGCUGAAUACCCUUCGCCAUCUGAGCAAAACAACGUCCAUCCUCAGUGAUCCGUCCCUGUUGCCUGAAGAAGCCAUGCAGGCGGUUACACAAACAGAUGUGUAGCUUUCUCUCAGAGGAGGUGAGGCGACCUAAAAUCCACCUGAACUGUUUCAACAGCAGUCACCAAAGUGGCUCGUCACUACUCUGCCUUAAAGCCACUCAGGAGCGAGGCCGCCACGUCUUCCGCAGAUCCACGACCUCCCUCAAAAAUAAACGAAACGAUAAAACGUGAGCUAGGUCGCGGCACGUGGGAUUUGUUUCUACGUUUGUUCUGUUGUACAUUGAUUCUUGGGAAUGACGCACACAGGGAGUCGUACUUUCAACGUCACGUUCAUAACAACUGUGGCUUUUAUUAUACUGCAUUUGAAAGAUGGCAUCAACAGCUUCUUUCACUUACUUAAGCUGAAGAUCUUCUAAAUACUUUGACGGAAGAUGGUACUUGUGGUGUUGCUUUUUGAUUAUUUUAUUAUGUGCAGACAAAGCAUUGUACUGAAAAGGGAAAUAUUGAGUGAUUCAUUUCGUGCUCUCUCUCAGAUCUUUAGAAGGUAUGUGGAUAUGAUAUGGGAUGUGUUCCUAUAGUUAUUCAACAGCGUGGUUUUUCUUACUGAGUUCACGUUCCGAUUUUGUAAUGCACUGUUGGUUACAAACUCUUACAACGGGGGCGAGACAAUUCCAUUUGUCGACGCUGCAUCUGUCAUACUAUUAGAUGGAGAAUUUGACAGACACGCAUUUGACACACAAAAAAAUCCAGGUGCGGCGGAGAAAGCCGAUAGCAGAGGUUUAAGCAACAUGAGUGCGAGGAGAAGAGCUGAAGCUGACGCACAUGAAAUCUGAGUGCACCCGCACAGUUCGAGCACAAGCAGGAGCAAUAUAAGCAAGUGUGCAGGUUUUAAGUAAAGGCAUAAACAUAUGUGAAGCUGAAAUCAAUACGUCCUGCUCUCAAACCGAAGGCCUCGCUGUUUAGUAAAGACAAGGGGAAAAAAAAUGAAGUGUGCUUUUUUUCACAAUGGGAAGAGAUAAACGUGUUUUUUUAGGAACAAUUGGUUAUAUAGUUUUUUCCACAACAUUGCCUAAAACAUCAACAAGCUGAUUUCUCUUUGGCUUCUCUAUACCUAAUCAAUACCGUAGAGAUGAGAUCAUGUACUCAGGUGAAAGUUGUGCUGCCAGUUAACAGUCCUUCAUACUUUGCUUGCUCUGCCCAUAUCGAGUGAGACAAAGCAGUCACUUUGAAAACAAGGCGUUUCUACUGGGCAGGUCACAGCAUAAUGGAGCAAUAUUACUUAUAGCCCUCAUAGGGAGCAUACAUGACAUAGCAGUACUGGCUAUAAAUAGACCAUUGAAAUGUUGAGUGUUACCAGAUCUUAUCUGAACGCACAGUAGCUGUGUUUCGUUUCCUUUGUUGGUCACUCAGGGCUGCGCUGCGCUGGGCGUAUUUAUUUUCCAUUCAGAGAUCAUCAAAUCAGAAUCAUUCUCGGCAUUAAGACACAUAUUUCUGUCAGGGUACAGAUAUGACAUUUUUUUGUCUAUGUAGCUACACUCAUUUCUAAUGUCUGUGUUUACAGCGGACACAGGAUAAAAAAGACCAUGUAAAGAUUCAGCACACUUAAAAACCAAAAGCCAUAUCAAAGCAUUGUUGCCUUUUGUCGCAUUACUGACAUCCUGUAGAUAAAGCACUUUGCUCUCUUGAGAAUCAGAUUGAGUCAGCGUAUGUGACAUUACCAACCUUUAGUAAGGCUUUUCUCAGAGUGCCAUUUCCCUGUGAUCUCCUCAAGGCAGACGUAGACUUUCUGACUUAUCUAUUUCUUUUUCCGCAGAACAACUUAGUUUUCAUUCGAGCUUCACAGUAGCAGAAGGCGCCGCUUUUAUCGGACGAAUUUGCAGCUUUUUAUUUUUUCCCUCUUUUAUUGCGGAUACUGGGUGUCUUCUAAGCGGUGGUUUUCCUUCUGAUAAACAUAAAAGUCAUUUACCGGCUGUUGUAGAGGCCGCUCAGUUUACAGUCACACCGAGGAGGCAAUCAUCACAGUUCAACAGUGCAGCCUGUUUACAGUGUUGUCAUUCGAAUCAUAAGAGGUCAUAUUCACCACAAUUAUUUAUUACUACUGUAAGAAAACACAAUGCACCUCUGAAUGCAGCUAUGCUUGUCAUGUUUGAAGAUUAGUUUUCUCACUUUUUUGUGAUUGUUUUUCAAACAUGUUCCACUGCAGCUUGACAUUUGUCUUGUGAUUCUUUUUUUUUUAAAUUUCAAAUCAUUCGAUUAUUUUAAAAUCUUUGUCAUACCAGGUUGGAUUUCUAAUGUUUGUUUGCUGUUUCUCUUUUGGUGGUUUUUGUAACAUAUGAUUUACAGAGAGUGUAUCACUGCAUAAGCAGUACAAUUAUUUUCUUAUCCUGCAUAUUAUGCGUUUUCUUUCCCCCAUAGUUCCCAAACAGCUUUUCAAAAUGCCUUAAAUAAUUCUGAGUCACAAUAAAAGCAACAAGAAACCACAA